AUGGCUACGGUCUCCUCGCCCCCGAGCGCGGGCGCGGCGGAGGGCGGAGGCGGGCGGCAGAGUGUGGCUGCGGCCGUGGCUGCUGCCCUCCGCACUGGCGCCUCCCUGCUGGGCCUGCAGCAGGACGUCCAGAAGACACCGCUCGACGAGGCGGGCGCGGUCCGCCUGGACCGCAACCUCGCCGCCCACGCCGAGAUUGGCAAGGGCGCCGGCGUCCUUGGCCUGCCGGUCGCGGAGAAGCGGCGCCGGCAGCGCGGCCGCAGGCGCGGGCGCAAGCAAUCCGAGCUGUCCGACACGGCGGGCCCCUCGGAUGAGAAAGACGAGCACCGGUCCAACCUUGUCUGCACGGACUCGGACCAGGGCUGCGACAAUCCACGCUACAAGUACGGGGAUGGGGACAAGGAGAAGAUCGAGAAGGUGGUGCACGAUACCUUCAACCUGAUGGACCAGCGGACCUCCACCCUCCUGAGUUUCGAGGGCAAGCAGAAGGGGCUGGAGACCAUCGACAACCCCAUUCCCAACAAGGCACUCGAGACUGACCAGGCGGUGCAGGACACAGACGUUGUGCGAGAGUCGCAGCACAAGGGCGUGCUCAAGGAGUACAACUCGUCGGCUGCUUCCGCUCCCCUCGAGUGCAUGAAGAACGAGCCCAGCCUGGGCAAGGGUGGCAAGAGUAAGCCCCGCGGCUCCUACGCCAUGGUCAACAUUGGCAUGGGUAAGUCGGGCUUCGAGCCGCUUGGGCGCGUCGGCAAGGGCAAGGACAAGGGCAUCGGCCCGUGGCCCGAGUGGGACGACAGGCCGCUCGGGCCCGUGGGGCUGGGCCGCGGCAGGCCGCUCGCCCCCGUCGACUGGGCCGCGGCGGGCCCCCUGGAGCCGUUCCGCAGGGUCUUCUACCAGCCGGGCGCUGGCAGACCCGGGCCUCCGGAACCUCUGGACGUGGACCCCCCGGAGGAGCAGCUAGAGAUCCGCGUCGAGGAGGACCCCACCGGGGAUUGCCCCGCGCCGGUGAGCAGCUUCGAGGAGCUGGGCGCGCUGCCGGAGUACGCCCUGGCGGCCCUCCGGGAGCACAAGAUCAUCAGGCCGAUGCCGAUCCAGGCGCAGGCGCUGCCGCUCGUGCUUUCGGGCAGGGACGUGGUCGGCAUCGCGCAGACCGGUAGCGGGAAGACCCUGGCGUUCCUGCUGCCCGCCGUGGCGCACAUCGAGGCCCAGGCGCCGCUGGGAGGGCGCGAAGUGACGCCCAUCGCGCUGGUGCUCGCGCCCACCCGCGAGCUGGCCGUGCAGAUCUCCGAGGAGGCCGACAAGGUCCUGCGGCGCUCGGCGGCGGGCGGCCACCCCGGCGGGCUGGGCGCGGUCUGCGUCUACGGCGGCGGCGACAAGCGCCGCCAGCUGGACCAGCUGCGCCGCGCCGCGCACAUCCCGGCGGCCAGGGGCCAACGGACUUCGUCAAGGCGGGCUCCAUUUCCCUGA